AUGGCCGAAUGGUUCGAUGAUACUUCGUCGUCUUUGUCCGACGGGGUUGCGCAAGAAAUUAUCGAUGAGAUCAAUAAGCAGAAGCAAUUGAUUGCUCAAACGUUCCCCCAACCGGAGCCGGAACGUAUUAUUCACCAUCGGUCUUACGUCUACCGUGAUCGUGUGGCUGCCCAUUUACGUCUUAUGCAAGACUACUUCAACGACAAUCCGACUUCGAAUAACGGCGUCAACGUUCUCAUUCAGUCGCCUCUGUUCUCCGACGUCUUGGAAGGAACGUCGGCGCCGGUGAUCUUUGAAGCCAACCCCGCACUACUACUAGAUGGGCUACUACUUGUGCGAUGGCAUAUAUCAAGAGUGGCGUUGCUUCGUCAAGAGUCCACCAUGGCGACCAAUCCAAAGGAGGCGAGUUCGGCGCGGAGUUGGUACGUCGAGCAUCUCAAGGACAUCAUGAUGUGUUGCAUCAUUCUCCACAACAUGAUUGUGGAGAGCGAAGGUCAAGGAGCUACCCAUUGGAGAGAUGACGAUGCAGGACAUGGGGCGUCUACCAGUGACUCGACGGAGAUUGCUCGAAAAACCCCGCCUUGUUUCGAGGAAUACGUGCAAAGAGAUGCACUUCUCCGAGAUAGGCAGAUACAUGCUCAGCUCCAACAUGAUUUGAUCAAGCAUGUUUGGGCACGUUUCGGACCUCUAGGUCCGGAAUAA